AUUCUACGCUCGUAGGACUAAUCAAACCAAAGAGAUAAAAUAUAAAUUAAAAAAAAAAAGAGAAAAAAAAAAAUAAAAAUAUCUUCUACUUCUUCUUCUUUCAUUGAUGUGUACGCUUCACCUCUAAGUUUUGACCAAAAGCUUCGUUAUUUUCUUCUAUUGGAAUAUACUCUCGUCAGAAUGCGUUUCAACUAGAGAUUCACUCUUCAUAUCUCGUCUUCGUGAUGAAUUGUCCAUGGAGAUGAUGAGCUCAUCUUCUUCUUCUACUACACAAGUUGUAUCAUUGAGAGAGAUGGGGAUGUACGAACCGUUCCAACAGUUGUCUGGUUGGGAGAAUGCUUUCAACACUAUAGGUACUAGUAAUCAAAACAACAACAACAAUCCGAGCUCUUCCACAGUUCCUGAGGUGGAAGCAGAUGAUAACAAUAAGGCGAAUUAUACUUCUAUGUAUAAUAACUCUGUUGAAGCAGAACCGUCUAGUAACAAUGAUCAGGACGAUGACCAAAUCAAUGAUAAGAUGAAACGGCGAUUGGCUCAGAACCGAGAGGCUGCUCGCAAAAGCCGUUUGAGAAAGAAGGCACAUGUCCAGCAGUUAGAAGAAAGCAGGUUAAAGUUAUCACAGCUCGAGCAGGAACUUGCAAGAGCUAGGCAGCAGGUUAGCUCAAGCUUCCUUGUUAUAAGGUUCUGUGUUUCAUAUCAAAGACUCAGUGGCUUUGUUUUCUUUCUGUUACAGGGAUUAUGUGUACGCAAUUCAUCAGAUUCUAGUUAUCUUGGACCAGCUGGGACCAUGAACACAGGAAUUGCUGCAUUUGAGAUGGAAUACACACACUGGCUAGAAGAACAGAACAAGAGAGUGAGUGAGAUUCGAACAGCACUCCAAGCGCAUAUCAGCGACAUUGAGCUCAAAAUGCUCGUCGACAUAUGUUUAAACCACUACGCUAAUCUCUUCCGCAUGAAAGCUGAUGCUGCAAAGGCUGAUGUCUUCUUCUUGAUAUCCGGUAUGUGGCGAACUUCAACCGAACGCUUCUUCCAGUGGAUUGGAGGUUUCCGCCCUUCCGAGCUCUUAAAUGUUGUGAUGCCAUACAUUGAGCCGCUGACAGAUCAGCAACUGUUGGAGGUGAGAAACUUACAACAGUCGUCUCAGCAAGCAGAGGAAGCUCUUUCUCAAGGCUUGGAUAAACUUCAGCAAGGUUUGGUCGAGAACAUUGCAGUUGACAUAAGAGUUGUUGAGUCUGUGAGUCACGGAGCUCAGAUGGCUUCAGCUAUGGAGAAUCUUCAGGCGUUGGAGGGUUUUGUGAACCAGGCGGAUCAUCUGAGAAAGCAGACUCUGCAGCAAAUGAGUAAGAUCUUGACGACAAGGCAGGCUGCUAGAGGGUUGCUCGCUUUAGGAGAGUACUUCCACAGGCUCCGUGCGCUGAGUUCUCUUUGGGCAGCUCGUCCACGGGAACGCACUUAAACAAGUUUUAGGAGUCAAAACAAAGAGAAGGGAAGCACAAGGAAGACGAGGCAAACCUCGAAUGAUGUUUAGCUAGGGACUUUGUUUAUCUAUCUGUGAGUGAAAGUGGAUGGAGAUGUAGAGUGAUUUUAUUCUCCAUUAGAGCAUCAUCUUACUCAUUGAUGUUUUUGGUUUUGCUUAAAUGAAUUCGUUAAGAGAAAUGAAUAAAGAUGUAAAUUUGGGUGGAAAACAUUUCAAGAUGUUAAUAUUUGUAUUUAAUGUCAACCCUCAAGUCUGCUACGAAUUUUUACCUUUA